UUGCGCUUGAAAAGCGCUCGCGCCCGCAACGGACACUUCGCCCCCUCUGCAAGAAAAAAAAAUCCGGAUUAGGAAUUAACAAAACAUUCGCCACCAUCUAAACGGUGGUUUAAAGGUGAAGAAAUGACAGCGGUGAAAUAAAACUUCCAACACGUGUGCCUUUGCAAAGAAGAAAGGCGGACGUAAUUGUUGUGCAUGGUAGCCGGUUACCAGAGAAGAGGUGGUUUAAAAUAAAGUCAACAUGUGCAUUACAGUUUUCAGUGGGACCGUGGCUUUCGUCCUCCUCGCGGUCGCAAACGUAAGCAGCAAAGUGUCGCCGACAAGUUCCGAAAGAUUGAAGAGCUUCCAUACAUCCUCAGCUUAUCUUCCUGUGAACUACAAACUCUCCAAUGUACAGCUAGCCUUUUUCCUAAAUAAAGUUAAACCAAAUCCUCAAUGGAACAGCACCAGCUCGGUGCAACGCCUGGAACAUUUUGUUGUAUUUCAAACAAAGGAACUUCCAGUGGUGAAUGCUACAUUAGGACCUUUUUCCAUGGAUCGGACACUACCAAAAGAUGUGCUUCAGCCCACCAGUACAAUGGAAGUAUUGAACAGAUUCACCAUGAAUUGGAAAGUGAGAGCCUUUAUUAUCCAACAGAGAAUUCCCUUUAACCAGCCACUUGUCCAGGUUUUGUUUUAUGUGGCAGGCCGAGAUUGGGAUGAUUUUGAUGUUGUGGAUAAAUUGCCUUGUGUUAGACUUCAUGUUUUCCAAGACCUGAGGGAUAUUAAGAGAUCCUGCAGGCUGAGAGGAAUCCUAGCCAUGUGCCUAGUCCAAGUUGACUUGCCUCUUACCUGGUUUAGUUCUCCUAUCUCAGAUCUGGGAAGAAAGAAAUCCAUGGAUAAUUUGGAUAUAGUCAGUGAAAAUCUUCAAGUUGAACUCUACUAUACCAUGCAUCUUCCAGACGGAAAUGGGGAAUGCAAUGCUGGCAGUGAGGCAGGUUCUCGUAAAGGAAAUGGUGUUCGGCAGGGUGGUUCUUACCGGCAGCCUCUGCUGCGUAUAGGAAGCAUCAAUUUGUACAAUCCUCCACAAGCUCAGUUAACUCAGGAGCAUAGGCUUGAUGGCAACAUCUUCAUUCGCUUACCAGAAGGACCACUCAAACCUGGGGAGAUCCUUAGUAUUUCUGUUUUUCUCACACCAAAUUCGACAGUGGAACAAUUCACACUGAGGGUAAAAGCCAAAAAAGGAGUAAACCUGAAAAACAUGUGGCCCAAAAAACCCGAAACCUGGCAAUUGACAUCAGAAAUCGUGAAUGGAGGAAAACAUUCCACAGCCACAGUGGAGAUGAAUAGAAAACAAGGAGUCUUCGACGGAAGAACUGCUCAACCCAAUGAAAUUAUUCAGUUGAACUUUGAAAUGGAAAAUUUUACCAGCCAGUCAGUGACGAGACGAAUUAUGUGGCAUGUUGACUACCGUGGAAAAAAUCCUCCUCCAGAUUCUGACAAAGUGGUGACAGAAUUGACCGUGAUUCAAAAGGAUAUCCGGGCUAUUGUACCACUCUCCAUGAAUACUGAGAUCAUCAAUACUGCAAUACUUACAGGAAGGACUGUGGCUAUUCCUCUAAAGGUCAUUGCAGUGGAAGUGAAUGGAAUCAUCACAGAUGUGUCAUCCUUUGUUGAGUGCAGGUCCACUAAUGAAGAUAUUAUUAAGGUGUCCAAAGGUUGUGAUUAUGUGUUUGUGAGCGGUAAGGAGUCUCGAGGCUCAAUGAACGCCCGGAUCAUUUUUGACUAUGAAUAUUUAAGUGCUGCACUGGAGUUGACAGUUUGGGUACCAAAACUUCCACUGCAGAUUGAAUUAUCAGAUAGCAAACUAAGUCAAGUGAAAGGCUGGAGAGUUCCUAUCCUCCCUGAUAGAAGGUCCACCCGUGACAGUGAAGAUGAAGAUGAAGAAGAACGAAGCAAAACACGAGGCUGUACUCUGCAAUAUCAGCAUGCAUUAAUACGAGUAUUUACCCAGUUCCAUACAACUUCAUCCGAGGGUACAGAUCAGGUGAUCACCAUGCUGGGCUCGGAAUGGUCAGUGGAUGUCACUGAUCUCGUCAGUGACUUCAUGAGAGUGGCAGACUCAAGAAUUGCACAUAUUAUGGAAGGCAAUAUACUUGCUGGACGUGAGCCUGGAACAACAAUUUUCAAGGUUGUUUCUCCAUUGAUGGAGGUUGUAUUAGGGGAAGUGCCAUUGACUGUUGCUGAUGAUAAAGUCACCAUCACUGACCUGCAAACAGAACUUAUCUCUGGUCUGUCGUUGAGUCUGGAAUCUAAUCCUGGGACUAGCCACACCUUUAUUGCCAAGACAACAGCUCGUCAGCGCCUUCAAACACUCAAACAGGAAGGCAUCCUGACGUCAUGGAUUUUCUACAGUGACAAUACGGCAGCACCAUUGACUCUCUACAAUGUCAAAGACUACAACCUGACAGUUAGCACACUGAAUGAUAAAGUCGUCUCUUCUACGCAGGACCCAGUUUGUCCCCUGAUAAUAGCAGAAGGUGAAGGAUCAGGUGAAUUUAUCAGAGUGGAACUGGGCAUCUGUGAACCCUGUAAAAAGACCAACCGCAAGAGUGUCUUGUUUGUGACACUUGUCAAUGUGAAGGUUCGCUUUGGGUUUGAUGAUGAUUCAGAAGAAGACCUAGAAAAUACCGGUGAAGAUUAUGCACCUGAUGGAGUUCGAUUUCAAAGCAAUCCAUUUGGUCCUAAACCAAAAGAAAAAGAUCGGUUUGAUUUCAUGCCAGACACUUCUUCAACUGGUGAACGCGAGGAAAGGGUUAUGUGGAAGAGUAGCACAACUGUAAAGUCAGCUGUGGAAGAAAGGACUGACUCAAGGGCAGAACCAGGCAAGGGCAUUGAUGGCAUGCAAGAAAAUGGAGUACAUUUUGAUAACACAAGGAUGCCCAGCUUACCUCUUGACAUUGAUGUCACAGAUCUGCCAAAAGAUUUCGCAGAUCCUGAUGAUGAGUAUGCCCCAACGCCACGGGGUCUAACUGAUUUGGAAAUUGGAAUGUAUGCACUGUUAGGAGUCUUCUGCCUCGCAAUACUGGUUUUUCUAAUAAACUGCAUUGUAUUUGUCCUCAAGUACAGGCACAAACGUAUUCCCCCAGAGGGUCAAGCCAGCAUGGAUCACUCUCACCACUGGGUUUUUCUAGGCAAUGGACAACCUCUUCGUACCCAGGCUGACCUCUCGCCUCAACCUGAAAGUCCUGGCAACCCCUUGGAAAAUAUCCAAACUUGCUGCCACAAUGAUCAUCAGAGCAGUGGCAGCUCACAGACAAGUGUGCAAAGUCAAGUGCACAGCAGAGCUGAUGGAUCAUCUGGGAGCUCAGUUAUGGAACACAGCGAGGAUCCACUACACUCUCCCACCUCCAAGCGCAAAAGGGUCAAGUUUACCACUUUUGCCACGUUGCCGUCUGAAGAGCUUGGCAUAGCUUACAACUGCAUACCAAUAGCCGAUGAGGAAGACAUUGAGUGGGUCUGCCAGGAUAUGGGUCUCAGAGACCCAGAGGAACUACACAACUACAUUCAAAGAAUAAAGGAGAUUGCCUAGUCUGCUGCUGCUUUUCUUUGCUGCAUUUAUAGCUGCCAGAUAUUUGCCACGUAUAGUUUUUUGUUUGGUCCACAGAAGGAAGCUGCAGUACGUGGAGACUGGGUGAACAUAAAAGUGCUCUAACAAUAUUUGUGGUCAAAUGAGUACUGGUAAUGCUGCAAUAUUUAAAAUAGGUUUGCAGUGAGAAGCUGAUCAAACCUUUUGCAAAGAAUACUCUUUGCUGAAACACCAUUGACAAAUCACAGUUGAUGAAAGACAGACUCUAUUAUAAUGAAAUAAACAUGACUGGUUUAGCACAGGGGCAUAGUGUUUGCUCAUAAUCAAAAGAAGCAUGCUGGAAUCGCUCUGUGUAGGUGACGGUGAAAUGGGACAACAUUGGCAUCUUAUUUUUAAGACUCCAGUAGGCUGAAAACAACAGAGAGUUGCAUAUUCUGCACAACAAGGAGUUGUUUUAAGAUGUAAAACAGUUCUUGUAGUUGAUAGAUAUGACAGAACAAGUAUGGUAAGACCCUUACCAAAUUGAAUGCAUCAGACAAAACUGGUAUUGAAACUAAGUGGCAAAUGUUGAUUUAAAAAAAAUAUAUAUUUUAAUCGCAAUUUGAGUCCACAGUCAAUUCUGAAGGUUGACAAUGUCUAUUUCAUUCACGUUUCGGUCUCAUUAUUUGCAUUAAUAAAAGCUGUUGAAGCAAGAGCAUGGCACAAAUUGCAGUGUUACUACUGGUUGUGAGAAAGCUGAUACAUGAAUGAUUAAUUAAUGUUGAAAAGAAAAGGUUUCUCUGUUUAUGGGAAACACAUAAUGUGAUAUUGUUCUCUGUGAAGUGUGAUAGCAGCAAUCUGAUCAUUUUGUCAUUGGCCUCAUUAUAUAUUCAUUUUAAUUUAAUAUGCAUAUUUAUAAAGCAAUCUAUUGGAAUGCUCGAGCAGAAAUGUCCAGAUAUGCUCUUUUCUAAUUAAUCACAGCAGGAAUCAAUUGUGCUCAAAUUUAAAACAAAACAAAAAUCUUAAUUUGCAGGGACUGGGAAUCUGUGAUUUUAUUCAAAAAACAACAGUGACACGGUCAAACUGAAAAUUAUGACUUUCAAUGGUUUUUUUUAAAUAUUUUUUUGAGAAAGCUAGCAGCUAUUUUAAAUGUGAGAGGCAUUGACAGAAAGCAAACCAAAAUCCAUUGGCUUUUGUAAAUUGCCAAAGGAAAAUUUGACUCAAAUUGGUCAUUGAACAUAGAGUAUACUUGUGAGGUAUUGAAAUGACCUUUCUAAUCAGUGAAACAGCAGCAAGAAGUAAUGUGGCGAUACCGAUGUUGGUUGUAGACCAAUAGAAUGUGAUGUUUGAUUCAUUAGAUCUGCUGUGAAAUGGGAAUGUGAUGAAAGAUGAUUAUCAGGUUUUGAUAAAUUAAUGAUAAACGAAGGAAAACAUUUCCACUGUGUACCUAUCUUGUUAAAUCUCCUGAAAAAAGCCUGCAAAAGGAUAUUGCAGGUUUAAACAAUCAUAGAUUCACGGGGAUGGGGUGAUUUAGGUGUAUUUCAUCUUGAUGGAAUGAUAUCUAUAUGUAUAUAUGAAUUUCUAUACAAUUAAACCAAACCACAACGUUAAGAAA